AGCGUUGGCGGAGCUAUGUUACCUCUCUCCCUCUCCCUCACUCACGCCUACUGCUCGCUACCUCCACGCAACGUUGCGGUGCGCCUGUGUGUUCACGCUAUUGUCAACAUCUAUUUUUAGGAUGUCAGUGAUUAUUGUACAGAACUGAUACUGAACCAUCACUCUGAUAACCUUAUAUUGAACUUUGAUAAUCGAUUCCUGAAGAGUUAAUCAAUUAUUGAGUGAAACGAGGAGCAUUAACACCCUCAGUGAAUUAUGGAGUGAAGUUCCUUAACAUCGAUAAGAUGAGAUGACAGAAUGGAUGUUGUUACGCUUACUUAAACCUAGAGUGAGAGUGUACAGUGAACACUAAAGGAUGGGUCACUCGUUCACCCCUUCCCUCCUCACCUCUCCUGACCCACACGAGAAAUAAUGUAACACAGAUAUGGAGAUCAACACAGGAACCCAAAAGUUUGUCCGUUUGGUCCUGUUGCCCGUGAUGUUCCUCGCCACCAUAACAGGGUGCCAGGGCCUGAGGGUGAAGCAGGUGGUGGUGCCGCCCCAUGAGAUCAAGGGGAAGGGCGUGGAGCUGGAGUGUCAGUAUGAGCUAGACGGGGACCAACUCUACUCCCUCAAGUGGUACAAAGGCAUCAAGGAGUUCUUUCGCUACGUGCCCGCAGACACCCCGCCCAUACAGGUGUUUGACCUGCCCGGCGUCCACGUCGACAUGGGCAAAAGCAGCGACAGGAAAGUGACGUUGAAGGAAGUGUCACUCAAGACGUCGGGGAAGUACAAGUGUGAAGUGUCAGCCGAGUCGCCAUCUUUCCACACUGACUCCGGGGCGGGGGAGCUGCUUGUUGUCCACAUCCCGGAGAGUGACCCGCACAUCUCUGGCUUCCAUGCAAGUUACCACGCCGGGGAUGUGGUACAAGUCAACUGUACCUCCUCACCCUCCAGGCCUGCCGCUGGCCUCAUGUGGUACAUCAACGACAAGCAGGCGGACAGCUCAUCCCUAGUGGACUACGCCCCGGUGCCCAACGGAGAGGGUCUGGAAUCCUCUAUCCUAGGUCUCCAUUUCCGCGCCCGGCCAAGUCACCUACGUAAUGGACACCUCAAACUCCGCUGCACCGCCACCAUCGCCGCCGUCUACUACCGAGAGAAUACCAUCUACGCCCGCGCCCAUCUUAACCGUCGCCGUGACCCCCUUGAGAGUCAGAGUAUGUUGACUGGUGUGGCGGCGGGUGUAGUGAGUGUACAGGUGUGGGUAGUGUUGCUAGGUGUGGCGGUGGGGUUGCUGAGGUAACACCCGCCCCCUCAUCUCUCCUGCUACCCCCUCCCCCUCCUUCCCCCUCACCUUGACUCUCAUUAAUUAGGAGAGGAGUCGUCACCCACUCAGGUGUGUCCCCCCCCCCUUACCAUCCCCACCACACCUGACUAAAACUAUAUACAGUGCCAAAUGUAUGUCUGCCCCGGCGACCUGAGAGUGUAACCUGCUAAUGAGACUUGAAAAUAUAGAACCUAGGAGUGCAAUACUGAGAGUGCUACUUGACUAAUGUAACUUGAAAUGUACCACUUGAGAAUACAAACUGAAACUUAAGAACACAGUGAAUGAUAUUUCCAGGGUUACAGAAGUUGAAUUUAUUGAAAUCCUGAAGAAAAAGUGAAGUUGGGUGAAUGUAAGUAAAGUUUUUGUGUGUUGCGGUGGUAAAUAUUACGCGAGGACAAUUGAGUAAAACCUGUGCUUAUAGUCUAACAUUUGUCUUGCAAUAUCACUUUUGGUCACUAUUUUUCUCUUUGUAAUAUUAUCUAUCUUUAAUCUUUAUUUUGCUGUAUCAUUAUGUCAAUAUUUAUGUGAUGGGUGACUUUUGUUCUCAUUUUAAUACAAUGAUUUAGUGUUAAUAUCUCUGGCGUAGUUAAGAAUGAAUUGGAUAAUGUUGUUCGUAAAUCUGUCAUUGAUUAUGAAAAAAAAGGGGAAAUAUUAAACGCUAUAUUUUAUAAGGUCAGUCAGUGUAGUUCUUCUGUAGGAGUCAUUUUAUAGGUUCAAAGGUGGCACGAUACUGUACUGCUUUUGUAGCUUCUUGUGUACAGGAAAUGUUAAUAGUGUGUUUAAUGAGACGAGAAAUUCCUGGUGUCAUGUCAACUGUGAACCUCCAAGGUGACUCCUGGUACAAAUAUUCACCUGCAUUUCGAGUAAAAAUUGCCGACACUGAAGUGAUAUUGCAUAAAAAACUUAUUUGAUGUGGCAAGUGAUUAAGAUGAUGUAAGUACAAGAUACUUCCUCAGUAAGUGAUAUCCGCUUACGACAGUGACACAAUAUGUGAUGUGGUGUGUUAACAGGUGAUGUCAGGCAUAAGACGUUUAACGUGAUGAUACUGAGAUGAUAUUGAUCGUACAGAUACACGUUCAGCAUUCAAAGCCAUUAAACCAGCAACUGAAACAGCGACCAAUGGCAGCAACAGCAUCGACGGCUUGGCAGCAGCAGCAUGAGGGACCAUUACUGUGUACAAUGGUGGUGACAGCUCCGAGUGUGAAUGCACGUGUGAGGGAGAGAGUGAGAGUGUGUACGUGAGUGUGUGUGUAUCUAGUAGUGAAGGACACCCCACCUCACCACCCACGCCUCCCAGUGCUCAUUAUCGACUCCCAACUGUCGCUUAUGAAUACGGCCGCAAUUAAGAGAAAAUGGACAGUAUACCCAAGGUGGCACUGGUUGGCUGGCUGUGUUUCUCAGUUCCAUCAGGGAGCAGCAGCAGCAGCUGUUGUGAGACCUUGUGCUGCUGCUGCUGACGUGAUUCAUUGUCCAACAAAUGUCAGCAGCAAAGGGGAGGUGGCGGCUGACACAGACUCGGUGAUGCCUUGUAGUCACGACAGCCAAGGUUGUGUGAUCUUUACAGGUCUCGCUUACCUCACUCUCCUCCUCCCCCCUCCUCUCACCUUCUCGCCCUCCUUCGCCCCCCCUCUCUCACCCUCCUUCGCCCCCCUCUCUCACCCUCCUUCGCCCACCCCUCGUCCCUAACCUCGACCAGAUUCGCCCCACCGCUAUAACUCAGCCAGAAUCCCCCCACAUGGCUUCGUCCUCCUCCUCCUCCUCCUCUUCCUCUUCUUCUUCCUCUACUUCCGCGUCUUCCUCCUCUUGCUCCUCCUCGUCUCGACUCUCCGCCCCUUUCCUGCCACCUUUCCGCACCAUCUACUACCCAGAUCGACUCCUCUCUCCCCACCCUCGAGCAUUUCUCCUCCCCCCUGCACCUUAAACUCAUUUCCUCUCCUUCUCCUCUCCCAUCUCCUCCUCCCAUCCCAUCAUCUCUUCUUCCUCCCAAUCUCCUUUCCUAUAUCCUCCCCACUUACGUCACCUCCUCUCCCAUUCAAUGACCUCUCCUCUUUUCCUUUCCUCUCCUCUCCCCUAGCAUUUCAUUGUCUUUUCUCCCCUUCAUUUCCCUCUCUCUCUCUCUCUCUCUCUCUCUCUCUCU